CUACUAAGGGCAGUCGCAGGGAGGCCUCUUCCGCCGUGGUCCUCGCGGCCACUUAUGGCCAAUCUGCUGAUGUGGAUAUCAACAGAGUAAUUCUUAGUACAGAAGAAGAGUUACAGCUUUCAAAGCCCUUGCAAAUCAGUGAAUCUAGAGGGUUGAAACUCUGCUAAAGAUUGCACUUUAUUUGUUAUCUUUCCUUCUCUGGAUGAAUGAAAAUGAGUGACACGGAUGAUGAUGUUCCUCAGCUCUCGUCCCAAGCCUUAGCUGCCCUACAGGAGUUCUACAUCGAGGAGCAGCAGAAAAAUGACAUUAAGUCAAUAGAAGAAGGUUCUCACUAUUCUCUGGGAUCAAUAGAAGAGAACUGGAAUCUGAGCCAGUUUUGGUAUGAUUCUGAAACUGCACUCCGUUUGGCUACUGAAGCUAUACAGGCAGUUGGAAAAGGUGGCAGGAUAGCAUGUGUUAGCACACCCAGUGUUUAUCAAAAACUGAAAGAGCUGGGUAGCGAAGAUUUCUCAACAUGUAUAUUGGAAUAUGACCGAAGAUUUUCUGUGUAUGGAGAUGAAUAUGUUUUCUAUGAUUACAACGAUCCUUUGAAACUUCCAGAAAAUCUCACAGCACACAGUUUUGACAUAGUUCUAGCAGAUCCACCCUACUUAUCUGAAGAAUGCCUCAGAAAAACAGCAGAUACCAUCAAAUACUUAACUAAAGGAAAGAUUCUGCUUUGUACAGGUGCAACCAUGGAAGAGCCAGCUGCAAAAUAUCUUGGUGUGAAGAUGUGCAAGUUUCUCCCAAAACAUACUCAAAACUUAGCCAAUGAAUUUCGAUGUUAUGCGAAUUAUGAUUCUAGACUGGAUUCUGAUUCUUUGUAGUGACAUAAAGGACUGGUAUAUUUCA